GCAUUCACACGGUGAACGACCAGCAACCUCGACCUCACCUUAAACUGCCUUCCGAAACUCUGGAUAUAUGCCUGUAGAACCAGUCCUAGAACACUCAGGGAGCCACUUGUCCAAGUAUGAUGAGGUUCCCCAAGAUCUGCACCGAGCCAUGCUGCGGCUCAACUUCCCGUCCUCAUACGUGGUCGUCGGUGCAUACCGACUCUUCACCGAUAAGUCUCUCUAUGUCCCUGCGUGGGAUAAAUGCCGCAACGGUGCUCGACGAGGGCUGAUAUGUGGUUUUGCCUGGAUUUGCGCGUCAUACAGCAUCCAGCGCCGUAUCAUCAAAGCAGCCACCAGAAACCCCUCCUCCAUCUUCUCCGUGCGCUACAUAACACGAUUCGAAGAAACCGCAGGCGACCUAUCUCACGAGACGUUCCUAGGGUUCAAGUUGCCCUUCAGUAUAUCCACAUACGUCACGAUACUCUUGGUAGGAUCGCAAGUUACCAGCAUCAUCAGCUUUUUUGUCGCUCGCAAUAUUCGCAUUGUCCGCAAACGCGUCUGGGAUCAAACAGUCGCCUCGCGCGGCAAGGAAUGGGAUUCCCCUCCUGUUGUCAAUGAACGCUGGGGUCGUCUGGACAGGAUGUUAAAGAUGUGGUUUUGGAAGGCGAUUAUACAGAAAGUUAUCUUACUUCCGCUUUCAUUGUAUCCAUUUGUCGGCACGUUCAUUGCUGCGGCUUUCAAAAGCUUGAGGAUCGCUCAGGACUUGCACAAGCCGGCCCAUCAGGAAGCUAUAUUUAUUGAGGAGCGUAAAUGGGACUACCGAACGUUCGGUUUCGUCGCGGCGCUACUCGAGGGUCUACCAAUCAUCGGUCUUGUUUUCACAGUGUCAAAUCGCAUCGGAGCUGCUAUGUGGGCUCAUGAUUUGGAAAAGCGUCAGCACUACGUUGCAGCGCAACGUCCCACGUCGGCUAUAGGUAGUAGCACAGGUUUUGAAGCUGUCCAGUCGUAGAUUUUGCUAGCUGGUGACAGUGUCAUGUAUUAGAGGCAGACAUGGACUUGCACCAAUCUUCUUCCAAUGUAUUUUAUUGCAUUCAAAACAAAGGCAUUAUGAUUCUACAAGCACGAUAUAGCUUGAUUUUUCGCCAUUUGUUGACGACA